GGGGUGCCAUACAUAUAGCACUAAUCAGCCAAGCUUGUGUCCUGGGCACACAGAUACACACACAGCACCCACACACACUCAGGGGCACUCAGACAGCAACCAACAUGGCCAGUAAGAAAGCAGCAGCCAAGAGAGGCAAGACUGCGCAGAGAGGCUCCUCGAACGUGUUCUCCAUGUUUGAGCAGUCCCAGAUACAGGAGUUCAAGGAGGCCUUUGGCUGCAUUGAUCAGGAUCGAGAUGGUGUCAUUAAAAAACAGGACUUGAAGGAGACCUAUUCACAACUGGGGAAACUGAACGUACCAGAUGAGGAAUUGGAGGCCAUGUUGGCAGAGGGAAAAGGCCCUAUCAACUUCACUGUGUUCCUCACUCUCUUUGGAGAGAAACUCAAUGGAACGGACCCAGAGGAGACAAUCCUUAAUGCCUUCAAACUCUUUGACCCCAAUGGGACAGGAUUUGUCAACAAGGAUGAGUUCAAAAGGCUUCUUAUGAAUCAAGCAGACAAAUUCAACACUGAGGAAAUUUUUAAACUCUCUUCUAGGUGGAACAAGCUUUUUCUGUGGCACCAAUUGACGUGAGCGGCAAUAUUGACUACAAGUCUCUUUGUUACAUCAUCACGCAUGGUGACGAGAAGGAGGAGUCAUAAUAAGUCUGUCAAUCUUCAGAUUAAUCUGUGAAAACCUCAAGGGUUCUCUGUUCCACAGCUGUGUAGGUGUAAGACAUGUUUUGAGGCUAGCGUCCAAUGUCUGUCUGAUUUUAUGGUGAAUACAUUUUCGAUAUAGGCUAUUUCUGAGAUACAUACAUCCCAUUCAUUGAAUACAUCCAAAACAUUUGCAAUAUUACUGAAGUCUGAUGUGUUUUCUCUUCUCAAUUCUUAAUUCUAUUGACAUACUCAAAUACAGUAGGGCCUAGGGCACUUGUGUAGUUUAGAUGAGAAAAGUAAGAAUAAUGUUACAUGACCAAAUACAAGACAUAUUUGUGUAUUGUUACCGUAUGACCUUGAUUUGGCCUAUCCCGCAUGUUUAUUUCCUUCUCUCGAACUCUCCACAUGAUGUGAUGCAAAAUACAAACUUUAAAAUCA